AUGGCUAGCAAUCCCCUCAAUAUUUUCCGCGGGCCCGAUGCCCUCGCGCAGUACUUCGAUCCAGACCAAAAUCCGCCGCUUCCUCUCGUCGAACUGCCCAGAGCCCUAAACCCUCUUUACGAAGAUGGCGUGCGGAUAUAUGCCAAGAUGCUCACCGCGCUGCCAGCGCACAAUGUCAAAUCACUUCCAGCUCUUCGCAUGUUGCAGCAUGAGCCACAGGCCCGAGACACGGCGAUCGUCGAGGCGAGUUCUGGGUCGACGGUGAUAUCCCUAGGAAUAAUAGCUAGGGCGCUCUGGGGACACAACGACGUGCACGCGUACGUUACCAACAAGAAACACCCCGACUCGUUGAAGCUACUCAAAUUCUUUGGGCUCAAAACCGUUCUCUAUGGCGGGCUAGCGCAGCAAGAGCCCUCAGACCCUCGGGGGAUUAUGAACCGACUCCGAGAAAAGGCAAAUUCAGACCCCGGUAUCAGCUAUCUUGGCCAGUACGACAACGACCAUAAUUGGAAAUCCCAUGAACAAUGGACCGGCGCGCAGAUUUGGAAACAACUGCCCGAGAUCAAUGUUUUCUGCACAACAGUCGGUACUGGGGGCGCCGGGGUCUAUCUCAAGAAGCAAAAGCCCUCUGUCAGAACCAUAGGCGUCUGCAAUGUCUUCGGAGACCCGACACCAGGGCCACGCCAUUUUCCAGGAUUCCACACGUCACCCUUCCCAUGGAGGGAAACAAUCGACGUUUUCGAGACCGUCGCCUCCGUCGAUUCUUUCCGCAUGUCCAUGAACCUAUCGCGGCACGGUAUUAUUGCCGGGCCCUCUUCUGGCGAGGCUCUGUGUGGACUCCUAGCUCACCUCCAUACUCUGAAGGCGCAGGGCCGGCUCGGCGAGCUCGCGGAAACGAGUACGGGCGAAAUUCACUGCGUGUUCGUCUGCGCUGAUCUGCCGUACCAAUACAUGGACUUGUACUUUAAGAAGCUCGGGAUCGACGAGUUCCCUCCAACUUUUAACGAGAACCUCCUCUCAUGCGACCAAAGUCCCUAUGACGAACGGUGGUUCCUCACGCCCCAAGUAACAGCCGAGAUGCUCGGACUCGCCCCCGGCAGCUUGUGUUCGAGCACGGACAACGGCCAUUGCGGGUGUGGACAUACCCCAUCCGCCAUCUCCGAGAAUCCAUCGCCGCUCGUCUCCGACUCGAGUAGCGGGAACAGCUCACCGUCGACAAUCGGAGAGUUCACCUGGUCAACGGCGCCCUCGUCAAGCUCAGGGUCAUUGCCCGAAGACGUCCCGUACAGUUUUGCAAGGGAGCCUGCGCCGCCAACGGUGGUAGACAUACGGCCGGCACGAAGGUUUAACCAGUCUCACGUCAGACUCUCGCAUAACUGCCCGCUUCCAGAGGCGCCGACCGACCUCUUCGGGGACGCCCACGCGGUAGAGAGAAGGUGGAGGGAGCUGCAGGGGCGGUGGAAGGCGAUGCUUGGCCGCACAUCCCCCACGGACGAGGGCCCGCCACCAAACUCGCGCAUGCAGAUCCGACGCUCGCCGUGUCUCCGCCGGGAUGGGGCCCGGGUCAACCCCUUCACCCUGCGAGCGAGACACCACGAUUUCAACCAGCGACCACCAGGAAGCUCCGACGCCGACGACGGUCAGCUGCCGAGGGAUGCUACCCAGGAAGAGAUUGACGCCCUGCCCCAUGUCGCCGAUAAACUUCCCUUUGCGGCGUGGGCCGUCAUCGUGGCUGGCGCUUUUGAGCGCUUCACAUAUUUUGGCCUCAUAGCACCAUGGCGUGACCAAUACGUCCAGAAGAAACCGCAACUAGUGCAGCGGGCAGACGGCAGCCGAGUCAUCAUUGAUGGUCCAAGGACGAUCCAGCUCAUGUACAACGCUUACUACUGGUUCACAAACGUCGCAUCCCUCUCCUCGAUACCCGUCACCUUUCUCGAGUUUCAUUACGACUUUUGGGCCGCAUAUCUCCUCACUACCGUGGCUCUUUGUGUUUCCAUUCUCCUCUUCAUCGUCUGGUCCAAGAAGCUCAUCAAAAUUGCGCCCCAGGGCAAUGUCCUGCCCCAGGCCAUGAAGACGAUGCACUGCGCAGCUAGAAGCGGCUUCAAACUAGACCACGCCAAACCCUCUUAUCAGCUCUCCCAUCACGGGCGGACUGUCCCCUGGACAGACCAUUUUGUGGACGAGAUGAAGCGUGGGCUGAUCGCGUGUCGCGUCAUAUUCUCAUUGCUCGUCUUUUAUCUCUGCAUCAACCAAAUGUACAACAACCUCGUCUCGCAAGCCGGCCAGAUGAACCUCCACGGCGUGCCCAACGACAUGAUCCAGGCCUUUUCAGGCGUCGCCUGCAUCAUCUUUGGACCCCUGAUCCAGGGCAUGUACGACGUCUUGGCCAAGCGAAAGAUCGAGUUCGGUCCCAUCGCCCGCAUGGCCGCCGCCUUUGGCGGCAAGACGCCCAACGACGUCAACGUGUGGGUGCAGCUCCCCGUGUAUCUGCUCCUCGCCAUUGGCGAAAUCUUUGGCUUCGUCACCGCGUUCGAGUACGCGUACGGCAAGGCGCCCAAGGACAUGAAGACUGUGGUCCAGGCCCUCACUCAGCUGACUGCCUGCCUGGCCAGCGUGCUGGGCAUGGCUAUUAGCCCCGCGGCCAAGGACCCCAACAUGGUCAUCUUUUACGCGUGCUUGGCCGGGGCCAUGGGUCUCACUGCAGUGGCGUUUUGGUGGAGGUUCCGCAAGUAUGAUGACAUGGAUGCUGAGUUGAACCGCCUAGAUCACAAAGAAGGGAGCCAGUCUGAUUCCGUGGUGCAGACUACUCCAGACCGAGAGGCGGCGUAA